UUUCAUUUCCCAUCCCAUUCCAAUCCUGUCGUGAGGGGCAACUUGUAUUUUUCUUUUUCUUUUUUACAUAGAAAAAUAUGUUGGGGAUCUUCAGCAGCUCAGUGGUGCCACUGCCGGAAGAUCUGGUGGCCGCCGGCAGCCGAACUCCGUCGCCGAAGACGACGGCGAGUAAGCUGUUGAACCGGUUCGUUGAGAGCAAGGCAUCCGCGGUGUCCCUUCAUGUAGGAGAGCACGUGCAGCUGGCUUACACACACCAGGGCGAGACUCCAUGGCAACCCAGAUCAUUUGCUGUGAAGGAUGAGAUAUUCUGCUUGUUUGAGGGAGCUCUUGAUAAUUUGGGCAGCUUGAGACAGCAAUAUGGACUGGCCAAAUCUGCCAAUGAAGCAGUUUUGCUGAUUGAGGCUUACAGAGCUUUACGUGAUCGAGCACCCUACCCUGCCAAUCAUGUUGUUGGCCAUCUUAGUGGCAACUUUGCUUUCAUUGUUUUUGACAAAUCCACUUCUACUCUUUUUGUUGCCUCUGAUCAAACAGGUAAAGUUCCUCUGUAUUGGGGAAUAACAGCUGAUGCCUGUGUAGCAUUUGCUGAUGAUGUAGAUUUGCUUAAAGGUGCUUGUGGCAAGUCACUUGCUUCUUUCCCUCAAGGAUGUUUCUACUCCACAGAUGUUGGAGGACUGAAAUGCUAUGAGAAUCCUAAGAAUAAGAUCACUGCAGUUCCUGCUGAGGAGGAGGAAAUUUGGGGUGCAACCUUCAAGGUGGAAGGGUCUGCUGUCCUUGCGGCCACAGAAUAGAAGAUCUUUCUUCAAAUGUAGUACCUUAUGAUGCAUGCAUUUAUGGAUUGAAGUGUUUACAAGACAUGCAUGAGGGGCCAUAUAAAAUACCUUUAAUGAUAUCUUUGAGAAGAAUAUAUGGGAGUACUUGUAGAGUUUAUUUUUGUCCACUUUGUUCAUUAGAUUUGUCUGUACUAUUAGAUGUACAGCUGCGCUUUCCAAUGUAAGAAAAAUAUGCGUACUGUGUACAUAAACUUCCACCUAGUAAUGUAAUUAAGUAUCUUUGAUGUUAAAA